GCGGGCGAGCGGGCGCGCUGAGGGCAGCGCAGGGGACGCGGCCUCAGUAGGGGCGCCCCGUCGCGGGGAGCAGCCUAGGCGCUCGCCGGAGGACGCUGUCCGGCGGGCGGGGCCGGACCCCUCUGCCUCCUGGACGCGUCGGGAGCAGCGGGGAUCGGUGCCGCGCCGUGAGGGUGCGCAGAGGCUGCCCUAGAAUCCGCUACCCACAGACCCUCCGCGGGGCAGCCUCUCCGGGCCGGGCGCGCCCUGGGCCGCCGGCCGCAGACGACGUGCGACACGGACGGCGCGUCCUGCUGACCCCAGCCGGCGCCGAGGGCUUGGAAUCCCGAGCGGGAAAAGACUGCCAUGGCUGCAGGAGUCUUGCCUCAGAAUGAACAGCCAUACUCUACCUUCAUGAAUAACAGCAAGUGUGUUGCAAACAUGAAAGGAAAUUUAGAGCGUCCAACACCAAAGUACACAAAAGUAGGAGAGCGCUUACGGCAUGCCAUUCCUGGACACAUGGCGUGCUCCAUGGCGUGUGGUGGUAGAGCUUGCAAGUAUGAGAAUCCAGCCCGCUGGAGUGAGCAGGAACAAGCCAUUAAGGGGGUUUACUCAUCCUGGGUCACUGAUAAUAUACUGGCCAUGGCCCGCCCAUCCUCUGAGCUCCUGGAGAAGUACCACAUCAUUGAUCAGUUCCUCAGCCAUGGCAUAAAAACAAUAAUCAACCUCCAGCGCCCUGGUGAGCAUGCUAGCUGUGGGAACCCUCUGGAACAAGAAAGUGGCUUCACAUACCUUCCUGAGGCUUUCAUGCAGGCUGGCAUUUAUUUCUACAAUUUCGGAUGGAAGGAUUAUGGUGUAGCAUCUCUUACUACUAUCCUAGAUAUGGUGAAGGUGAUGACAUUUGCCUUACAGGAAGGAAAAGUAGCUAUCCAUUGUCAUGCAGGGCUUGGUCGAACAGGUGUCUUAAUAGCCUGUUACUUAGUUUUUGCAACAAGAAUGACUGCUGACCAAGCAAUUAUAUUUGUGCGGGCAAAGCGACCUAAUUCCAUACAAACCAGAGGACAGCUCCUCUGUGUAAGGGAAUUUACUCAGUUUCUAACUCCUCUCCGCAAUAUAUUCUCUUGCUGUGAUCCCAAAGCACAUGCUGUCACCUUAGCUCAAUAUCUAAUUCGCCAGCGUCAUCUGCUUCAUGGUUAUGAGGCACGACUUCUGAAACAUGUGCCAAAAAUUAUCCACCUAGUUUGCAAAUUGCUUCUGGACUUAGCGGAAAACAGGCCGGUGGUGAUGAAGGACGUGUCCAAAGGACCUGGUCUCUCUGCUGAAAUAGAAAAGACCAUGUCUGAGAUGGUCACCAUGCAGCUGGAUAAAGAGUUACUGAGGAAUGACAGUGAUGUGUCCAACCCGUCUAACCCCACUGCAGUGGCAGCAGAUUUUGACAAUCGAGGCGUGAUUUUCUCCAAUGAGCAAGAGUUUGACCCGCUUUGGAAAAGGCGGAAUGUUGAGUGCCUUCAACCCCUUUCUCAUCUGAAAAGGCGGCUCAGCUACAGUGACUCAGAUUUAAAGAGGGCCGAGAACCUCCUGGAGCAAGGGGAGCCUCCACAGACAGUGCCUGUCCAGGUCUUGGUUGGCCACAACCCCAGGCAGCAGAAGCCCAUAGGCCAUUGUUACAUCCCACAGUCUCCAGAACCAGACUUACAUAAGGAAGCCUUGGUUCGCAGCACACUUACUUUCUGGAGUCAGUCUAAGUUUGGAGGGCUGGAAGGGCUCAAAGAUAAUGGCUCACCAAUUUUCCAUGGACGGAUCAUUCCAAAGGAAGCACAGCAGAGUAGAGCUUUCUCUGCAGAUGUUUCAGGCCCACACAGCCCUGGGGAGCCAGUUUCACCCAGCUUUGCGAAUGUCCAUAAGGAUCCAAACCCUACUCACCAGCAAGUGUCUCACUGUCAGUGUAAAACUCAUGGUGUUGGGAGCCCUGGGUCUGUCAGGCAGAUCAGCAGUACACCCCAAAGACCUCUGGACUAUGGCUCCAGUCUGAAAGCACAGUUCUUGGUUGAACAUGAAACCCAGGACAGUAACGAUCUGGCUGAAGCAGCUUCACACCCUACGUUACAGUCUGAAUUGAGUGCUGAGGCAAGAAGAAUACUGGCGGCCAAAGCCCUAGCAAAUUUAAAUGAAUCUGUAGAAAAGGAGGAACUAAAAAGGAAGGUAGAGAUGUGGCAGAAAGAGCUUAAUUCCCGAGAUGGAGCUUGGGAAAGAAUAUGUGGCGAGAGGGACCCUUUCAUCCUAUGCAGCUUGAUGUGGUCGUGGGUGGAGCAACUGAAGGAGCCUGUAAUCACCAAAGAGGAUGUGGACAUGUUGGUUGACAGGCGAGCAGAUGCCGCAGAAGCACUGUUUUUAUUAGAGAAGGGACAGCACCAGACUAUUCUCUGCGUGUUGCACUGCAUAGUGAACCUGCAGACUAUUCCCGUGGAUGUGGAGGAGGCUUUCCUUGCCCAUGCCAUUAAGGCAUUCACUAAGCCUCCCUCUCCAAACCCCUAAUCCCAGACUAACUAUGAGAAAAACAUCAGGCAACCCCAAAUUGAAGGACAUUCUGCAAAAAGUCUGGGAAGUUCUUCUCAAAACUACCAAGGUGAUCAAGGACAAGGGAAGUCUGAGAAACUGUCAUAGACCAGAGAAGGCUAAGGAGACAGAAUGAAUAAAUGUCAUGUGGCAUCUUGAAUUGGAUACUGGAACAGAAAAAAGACAUUGAGGAGAAAUUAAUGAAAUGCAAACAAAGCAUCACGUGUAGUUAAUAACGAUGUGCCGAUGUUGGUUUCUUAGUUGUGAUACAGGUACCAUGGGAAACUGGGUCAGGAGUAUACAGUGAUUCUCUGUACAAUCUUUGCAACUUUUCUUAACCUGCAAAUGUUAUUUUUUAAGUUUCUUUUUAAGACAGUUUUAAGGUAUAUAUUAGACUGAAUAUUUGUGUCUCCACAAAAUAUUUAUGUGUUGAAGUCCCAAACUCCAUGUGACUAUAUUUGGAGAUGGGGCCUGUGAAGAAGUGAUUAUGGUUAAAUGAGCUCAUAGUAGGGGUGUUCUCAUAAUCUGAUAGGGCUGGUGCCUUUAUAAGAAGAGAAAGAUACCAGAGGUCUUUCUCCACCGUGUGAGGACACAAGAAGGUGGACAUUUACAAGACAAGAAGACAGCCCUCCCCGGGAAUUAACCCUGGGACUUUUAUCCUCUAGAACUGUGAGAAUAAAAUUUCUGUUGUUUAAGCCACUCAGUCUGUGGUAUUUUGCUAUGGCAGCCUGAACUGACAAAUAUGAGGUGCAUGACUGUACUAUGGCGGGGGUGUGCACAGGAUGCUACUAGAACACUAUGAAAGAAAUACAAUAAUACAUUAUAAACUUCUGAUGGUACUAUACACGACAGCCUCUGAAAUAUUCACCCAAAACUGGAACCUGAAUCACAUCUAACUAUAAGUUUAACAGAGGACCGAGAAUCACUUUGAAGACAACAUGGAGAUGCAACCAGAAUAAUCACUCUCUAAGAAGCUAUACAGGACAAAUGACCUGCAUUCUUCAAUAAAUAAAUUACAAGGGAGAGACUAGGAAGGAAUCAAUACACUGAAAAGGACCUAUCCACCAAAUACAAUGUGUAGACCUAGUUAGGAUCCUGAU